AUACAAUCUUUGAUGUCAGUGUUUGUCUAUUACGUUUUAAUAAUAUGUUUAAAUGCUGGUUGACAGUAAUUGUAGAAUGAUAUAGUAUACAGUUUUUAUAUUUUGAAACGGGUUCUCAGCCACGUACAUAGGCCAGUCGCUGCUCCGAAGCAGCCUGCCGUACGGCAAGAACGGCAUCCUCCUGUGCUCGAGCUGCGUCGCGGUGGCCUUGUCGUACCACAUCACCAGCCGGAGGAUGCAGGCCUGCCAGGCGGCGUGGCUGGCGGCGGAGGACAAGCACACGUACCUGUCCGGCGCGGGGGAGGAGGCGGACUGAGCAUGGGAGCGGUGUGGCGCUGGGUGCGGCAGUGCCGGCCCCUGCUGGGCGCCCGCGCCUGCAGCGGGGAUGCGGCGGGGGAGGACACUGAGCAGCAGUACGAGCAGCUCGCGAGGCGGGUGUUCCACCCGAGGGGGUCGGGCGAGCAGGUGCUCGUGCUGCAGCCGUACGUCAAGUGGGGGCGCCUCAAGAGGCGGAACACCACCCCGCAGCUGCAGCUGGCCGAGGCCGUGGCCCUGGUGUCGUCGCUGCCGCGCUGGAGGGUGGUCAGCAAGAUGACGGUACCGCUGAUGAGCCUGGGGAAGAAGACGCUGUUCGGGAAGGGCAACUUGGAGUCGUUGCACCACCGGAUCAGCAAAGAUGAGAGGAUCACGGCCGUGUUCGUCAGCGUCGACAUGCUGACGAGCCUGCAGCACAGAGAAUUGGCACAAGUGUUUGGUGUCACCAUAUAUGAUCGCUACAUGAUUGUGAUACAAAUAUUCAGAGACCAUGCAUGUACAGCUGAGGCUAAACUUCAAGUAGCAAUGGCUGAAAUACAUUAUUUAAGGUUGACCCUCAGAACCAACGCAGAUUGGAUCGUAAGUAUCGGCCAGAACCAGGGCAGUGGAGAGUUGCCUAUUGAGUCUCGCAGAAAACUGAUCAGCGUCCAAGAGAAGAAAGUGAAGGAAGAGAUCCAAAAGUUGUCGGAGCAGCGACAGUUGCUGCGCAAGAAUCGCCGCAGGCUGAGCUCCCACCCAGUUGUGGCAGUCGUGGGAUACACAAAUGCAGGCAAAACCAGCCUGAUACGAGCCCUGACGGGGGAGGAGGGUCUUCAACCGAAGGACCAGCUGUUUGCAACCCUGGACGUGACGCUGCACGAGGGGGUGCUGCCGUCCGGGCUGAAGGUGCUGUACGUCGACACCAUCGGCUUCAUCUCCGACAUGCCUGCCGGCCUGAUCCACGCCUUCCACGUCACGCUGGAAGAUGCACUGCUCGCGGAUGUCAUAGUGCACGUGAAGGACCUAAGCCAUCCGGACAUGGUGGCCCAGACAGAGACUGUCCAGGAGACCCUGCAGAGCUUGCAGGUGCAGAAAGAACUCGUGGAGAACCUUGUGGUGGUUGGCAACAAGACGGACCUGGCACCCCCUGACGCCCUGCGCAACGAGCCUCCAGACACACUACAGGUCUCUGCCACCACCCAUCGGGGGUUGACGCAGUUAUGCGAGAAGCUGGAGCAGGUUGUCGUAGCUGCUACCAACCGCAUGGUGGUGGUGAUGAAAGUCCCGAUGGGUGGGGCUGAAGCUGCGUGGCUGUACAAGGAAGCAACAGUGGUGGAUGUGAAGGCAGAUGAAGAUGACAUGCAAUGCAUGCUGAUGAAAGUGGUAAUUUCACGGGAGAAUAUUGCCAGGUUCAGGCGGUACUUCAUUGAAAAUUAGUUUUUCAACUGUGAAUAUUUGUAGCAGGAACAAUAGUGCAUGUAAUUAGUAUUGUGUAAAUAACAAUUGUGACUGAAUUACUAA